CCUGCUUCUCCCUUUAUUGUGAAAAAUCCAGUGUCCCAGUGUCCCGUCACUAGCGUACUUCGGUCCAUUCAGCCAAGGUACAUUUCCACCGUACUCCUCCCCGCCAGGAACCUCACCCAUCAAUAACUUCCUCGCCAGCCCGGCUACAGAUCUCCUCUCAAUUUUUUCCUACUUUCCCCCGCAACUACCUCCCUCUUUCUAGUUUUACAUCAGAUACCCAGUUGCGCAAUCGCCAUUCUCGGCUUCUUUCAGAAAGUGAGUACUUCUCGGUGUUUCCUGCAGCGCAAAGCGAAUCGGAGUUAUGGUUUUACCCGCCAAACUAAAUCCGCCUUACCUCUUUCUCCUGUUGAGACGGCUCUUCCCCGAAGCUGCCAAAAAAGCGAUCAUUUUCUCUCUUUCGACUCUGUCUUGUUCGCAUCACAGAACCGGGAAUGCGCAAGACGAUACUGCAAAACUGGCGAACCAUUUCCGAUUCAUUCAGCUGACAUUUGGUCACCCAGGCCCCUCCAUAGAUUCCUAUCCAGAACUCCGGUUAUCGCCAAGCCUUAGAUAAGGAUUACUGUACCAACCAGCACGAUGGUCAAAGAAACGAAGCUCUACGAAACCCUCGGUGUUGCGCCGACGGCGACCGAACAGGAGCUGAAGAAGGCGUACAAGACAAAUGCCCUGAAGUACCACCCUGACAAGAACGCCCACAACCCCGAUGCUGAGGAGAAGUUCAAGGAGAUUUCCCACGCCUACGAAAUUCUUUCCGAUUCCCAGAAGCGCACUGUCUACGACCAAUAUGGCGAGGCUGGUCUCGAAGGCGGUGCCGGCGGUGGUGGCGGCAUGGCUGCUGAGGAUCUGUUUGCUCAGUUCUUCGGUUCCGGUGGCGGCUUCGGCGGCGGCCUUGGAGGCAUGUUCGGUGGCGGCGGCAUGCCUAACCGCGGACCCCCCAAGGCUCGCACGAUUCACCACACUCACAAGGUCUCCCUCGAGGAUGUCUACCGCGGAAAGAUCUCUAAGCUGGCUCUCCAGCGUUCCGUCAUCUGCUCCAAGUGCGAGGGCCGUGGCGGCAAGGAGGGUGCUGUCAAGCGCUGCGCUGGCUGUGAUGGCCACGGCAUGAAGACGAUGAUGAGACAAAUGGGUCCUAUGAUCCAGCGUUUCCAGACCGUCUGCCCUGACUGUAACGGAGAGGGCGAGACGAUCAAGGACAAGGAUCGCUGCAAGCAGUGCAACGGAAAGAAGACCAUUGUCGACCGCAAGGUUCUCCACGUUCACGUCGACCGUGGUGUGAGGAGUGGCACCAAGGUUGAGUUCCGUGGUGAGGGUGACCAGGCCCCUGGCAUCCAGGCUGGUGACGUUGUUUUCGAGAUCGAGCAGAAGCCCCAUAACCGCUUCACUCGCAAGGAGGACGACCUUCUGUACCAGUGCGAGAUUGAGCUGGUGACUGCGCUGGCCGGUGGAACUAUCUACAUUGAGCACCUCGACGACAGGUGGCUCAGCAUCGAGAUCCUUCCCGGUGAAGCCAUUGCACCUGAUGCUGUCAAGAUGGUUCGCGGCCAGGGUAUGCCUUCUCCUAGACACCACGACUUCGGCAACCUUUACAUCCAGUUCAACGUCAAGUUCCCUGAGAAGGGCUGGACAGAGGACCCCGCGGCCUUCGAGGCUCUCCAAAAGUUGCUUCCCGCCCCUUCGCUGCAAACCGUUCCUCCCCCUGAGGCUAUGACCGAGCCCGCCGACCUCGAGGAUCUCGACAACUCUUCCCAGGCUAGAGUCUUCGGAGGUGCUGGCGGUAUGGACGAGGACGACGAGGACGGCCACCCCGGUGCCGAGCGCGUGCAGUGCGCUUCUCAGUAAAUGACGUCAUGUUCCGAUGGUAUUGAUAUUACGAGCAUCUCUGGCGUGGUGGGGAGAAGGGGGCGUGGGCGAGAUUUCUUUUCACAAACCCGUUCGACAGAACGAAAUUGCAUAUUUUCUCCAGUCACGAAUGGAUGGACAUGGUUGCAUGAAAACGGUAACGGGGCUCGCCGUUGGGAGACCGUUCUCAGAUGGUGGAAAUCGACCAGCCACGACGUCUCGCCUAGACGCCCGUGUCGGGUUCGUCGAGAAUGGAGGCUGGAUUCAAGUGGACCAGCACACAGUAACAGGGAAAUCUGGUCCAGCGCGUGCUUAUUCUCAAAACAUCACUUGGCUUCUUUUGCUCGACGGACAUUCGAGACUUGGUAGGAAGGCGUUCACGGUCAUAGAGAGGAUAAUUCGCUGAAUCGAAUUGAUGAUAAACGUGCCU